AUCAUUCAUCAAAGAUUCCGAAAAUGGCAUCACAAAGGGGAUGCUUGUGUUUAUUAACAAACGUUUAGUUUGGUGUGCCGUCUUGUCAUAUUCUGAUUGCUUAAACUUGUAGUUCGUUUGGGCUUGAGUUUCUUCGUGCUUUAAUUAUUGUAAUCCAAAAUGUGCAAGUGUUUAGCAGGGAACGUGGCAUGUUGCUGCUUUACUUGUGCGCUAAAUGUUUUAAUUUCAAUCAUAAGCGCAUUUUUUGUGGUCUUUCUAAUCGUUGGCAUAUUGGUCUACUUUAUUUAUUACCAUGAGAAUGAAGAUGAGACAGCUAACAAAAUAAAAGAUGAGAUAAGGGACGGUUUGGAAAGUGGAUUGGACAAAAUUAAAGGCACAUUUUCAAACUAACA